ACUUCAAGGCAUCUUUAUAGCGUCCGUCGGCGGCGCGAGAUGUCUCAGUACCCGACAGCAAGCGACAUGAACGGCAUGAGGACGCAGCCGCCGCUCCACACCAUGGCGAAUAACGACAACGACCCUCUGCCGCUCGGAUGGGAAGUCAAGAUAGACCCCCAGACCGGAUGGCCGUUCUUUGUGGAUCACAAUAACCGCACGACAACCUGGAAUGACCCGAGACACGACUCGAAAAAGGUUCGGGAGAUUUCUUCAAAUGGUCCCAACAUACCACCAGAACCGAGCCCUCAGGAGACCCACAAGUCCUUUGUGAGGGAAAUGAAACACCCGAUCCUCCGGCCAGGUUACGUCCCGAUCCCGGUCUUCCAUGAGGGAGCAGAACUCCGACAGCAGCAGCAGCACCCCUGUUACGCCUACAUCCAGCCGUCAACCGCACAGAAUAUUCGGACGGAUGGACGGACACCGUCCCCGACGCCGGGCAUCCAUUGCAGACCCAGAUCACCUUUACAUGGACCUUCAGACAGCUGCCCUGCUGAGCUAGGAAAGUCCGGCUCACCUGUUUCUCAAACUGCAGAGGUUUACACCGCUCCACAUCACCAGCCUCCUCGGCCCAGCAGCACAGGUCUCCAGGCCGGUUACAUCCCCAUCCCAGUGAUCCACGAGGGAGGAGGAGGUCCCACACAAGCCCAGCCUCAGUUAAAUCCCUCUGUGUACUCUCAACGCGUUCCCUACACGGAGCACCAGCAGCCUUUCCACCGCAUUCAGGCAGAUGAAUGGCCGCCCUACUCCGCCGCCAUGCAGCCGCCGCGAGAACGGGCUUCUCCAAUACUCCUCCCCCAGCACCGUGACACUACGACCAUCCACCUCCCGCCUCACAUCAGAAGCCAGUCACCGAUUGUAUCACAAGUGAUGGGAGAAAGACCACAGGUACAACAGCAUAUCCUCACAAGAGAACCACCACAGAAAAUGGAGCAGGAACAACCAAUCCCUCAGCAGAAACCCGACAACACACCACAGGUCCUCCAGCCUUCGCACACAGAAGCUGAAGGCCAAAAGCCUCAUCAACCUCAGCAGUUCCAACAGCCUCCACCUCAGCAACCUCAGCAGUUCCAGCAGCCACAGCAGUUCCAGCAGGCGCCCCCACCUCAGACAACUCCACUGCCUCAGCCGCCCGAACACUCACCACAGAUGCAGCAACAGUUCCAGCAGCCGCAGAAAGCAGAGCAGCCGCAGCAUACAGCAGACAUCACCGUUCAAAUACCGGCAAAAGCAGAAGCACAGGACACGGCAGCUGCUCCCCCAGAGGCCCCGCCCCUAAAGGUGGAGCCUGAACAGGCCGCUCAGUGCCCAGUGCACCCGGGUCUGGCUAAGGUACAGCAGAUUGUUGCACGGGUCGCCAAACUGGAGCAGGAGGUGAAAUGUUUCGAGGGAAAGAAGAAUGAUAAGAAAUACUUGUUACUGGAGGAGCUGCUGACCAAAGAGCUCUUAGCACUGGACUCAGUCGACCCAGAGGGCAGGGCAGACGUACGGCAAGCGAGACGGGAUGGAGUUCGCCACGUUCAGACCAUACUGGAAGAACUGGAGCAACUGGAGGAGCAGCCGACCAGGCCUGCCAGCGAGACGCCGACGGAGGGAAACCACCUGUCACAGAAAGGGGAGCCCAGCAUGAUCUCCAAGGAGAACGUAGAGAUGGCAAAGGAGAUCUCAUAAUGACUGCACACUUCAUACACCAAGAGAGAAGGAUGUCCUGCUGUACAUUUGAUAGUGAACAAAUCUGCUCUGGCUAAACUUCUCCCUCCUCUCACUACAGCAUUUGUGAAAGUUGCAUGCAUUGAUUAACAGUGUUGGUAUUUCCUGCCAUUCAGCACAUAAAUUAUGGUAGCUCAGUGCAAUCAUGUUUUUCAAGCCAAUGUUGUUGCCUUCUAUGUUGUGCCAAUGUCUUCAUAACAAGACAGCUAUCAUGAUUCAGUUAUUGACAACAAUUUCUAGUCAAAGUUUGAUUAAGAGGCCUUUAUCAAUAAAUGGAAGAAAAGAGUAUUUUCUUAAGAAAUGUUACGUGUAGUUGCCUUUUGUCAUGAUCUGAUAUUGUAUUGAGCUUUUCUGAAUUCACUGGGAGCAUCUGUUAGUGUGUGAGUGCAAACACUGGGGCUUUAAAGCAGAGUCACUGCAAAACUCAGUCCACCGAUAAACAUUUUCCCUUUUAUAGCCACUAUGUCGGGCUAUGUCGGAGCUGCUUUGUCACGGAACACAGUGAACAUGUUUAUUGAUGCUGCUUUUUGGUGCAUUACUGAUUUUGCUGUCUUUGCACUUUGCCAUCAUGGAAACGUUACCUUGCUGAAAAAAAUCAGCAACACUUCAUUUGAAAUAUAUCAGUUACACGAGUUUUGAUUGAUGUGUUUGAGUGUUUGUAUGUGCAUUAGUUUACUUGUUAUUUCAAAAUAUUAUAUCAGUAUUUAUAUCAUUAUAUAGUAUUUUGGUACAUCUAUGAAUGUGUAAUGAAAAAGGACCUAAGAGGUGUAUCUUACUUGAGAUGUGAGACAAUCAGCACUCGGUGCUAAUAAGGAAUCAGUGAAAGUUGUUUGAAUGUCCUUGUAUAACUACCAAAGCCACAAUCUGUAAUAGCACCGACACGAAAAUGGCCUAAAGCCUUAACAAUGCCAACUGUGAGAUAAUUACUUUGUUUUAAAAAUAGCCGCUAAAGUGCAAGAAAACCUCAAUCUGUCUUUGAGAACGGUCCAGAAUUACUUUUAUGAUUACAUUCUGUUUGUGUAUUUGUCACUAUAUAAUGAGAUAAAAAGCCAUCUGUUAGGUAGGACCACUGCUUUUCAAAUUAUGGAUUGUGGCUUGAUCACUUGUGGUUUAUGAACAGCAAAAGUAAUGUAUUAUUGAAAGAAAGUCACGUUGAUACGGUUGAAAAUAAAAUGUAUUUGAAGUUA